CUUUCAGGAAUAAAAAUUUACGAACCUCAGCGCCCACUAUAAUAUCCAAUCUUUCCUUUCGAACCUAGGGUUCCGAUAUACUCCUCUCUUCCGGCCUUCUCUUUCUUCUUCGACGCCACCAUUCUCUCUCUACAACUCUACUUUCUCUCGCCGGAAUCUUCAACCCUACAACUAAUUUCUUUCGCAAUGGAGUUCGGAGGAGCUCGGAAGAGAGGAAGAUUUGACGCCGGCUUGAACGGCAAUGGCGGCUACAAGAAAUCCAAACAAGAAUCAGAGUAUUCAAGUGGUAUAGGGAGCAAAUCAAAGCCAUGCACAAAGUUUUUCAGUACCUCAGGAUGCCAAUUUGGAGAGAGCUGCCACUUUUUGCAUUAUGUGCCCGGUGGGCUCAAAGCUGUGACUCAAAUGCUUGGCAACAAUCCUGCUCUGCCUGUGGCUACUAGAAACUCUAUGGCCAUGCCGUCUUUCCCAGAUGCAUCAUCUCCAACAGGUGUUAAGACUCGUUUAUGCACCAAAUACAACACAGCUGAGGGUUGCAAAUUUGGUGACAAGUGCCAUUUUGCACAUGGUGAGUGGGAACUUGGCAGGUCAGCAGUUCCUUCUCAUGAGGACCCUCGUGGAAUGGGGCAUGCGUCUAGGUUUGGUAGACCUGAGCCAAGUCAAGCCGGGCUUGGAGCAGCUGCAAGCUUUGGUUCAUCUGCCACAGCUAAGAUAAGUAUCGAUGCUUCUCUGUCUGGAGCCAUAAUUGGAAAAGGUGGUGUAAACUCAAAGCAGAUAUGCCGUGUGACCGGAGCCAAGCUCUCAAUAAGGGAUAAUGAAUCUGAUCCUAACUUGAAGAACAUUGAACUUGAAGGUACAAUUGACCAGAUUCAGCAAGCCAGUCAAAUGGUUCGGGAGCUUAUAGCAACAGUCAGUUCAAAUGCAAAAUCCAUGAAAGGACCACGCUCUGCUCCAGCAAACAACUAUAAAACGAAACUUUGUGACAAUUUUGUGAAAGGCUCAUGCACUUUUGGUGAUAGGUGCCACUUUGCACAUGGAGCCGAAGAGCUGCGAGGCGGUGGAAUGUGAGCCUUGGAGUUUUAAUUCAGGAUUAUUGUUUCAUGUGUAGUACUUUGGUGCGUAAUCAUGUGGCUGUAGUUUGUUAUUUUUAUUUUUGUUUUGUCUGGGAUUGAUCUCAUUAUAGAUUGAAUGUUAAAAUUGCAUUAGGUUUUUGACUAUUUAAAAUGACUGAUUUUUGUUUUUUGUUGCUUUUUCUCUAGUACUGGGGAAUUUUGUUUUGUGA